AUGAAUUUGAACCCCCUUUGGAAGCUGCUGAUGGACACAAAGCCAGAACUGAUAUUGCUGGCAUUGCUCAUUCUCUGUUCAGGAAACUCCAAGAAGUCAAAGGCAGAACCAGAAUUUUUUGACAGUGGUGAAUUUGAUGUGAACUGUUCAUCCCAGUUUAUUAAGUACGAGGGGGAGAGCUCUCCAAGCUGUGAGGACGAAAGCGGAAAGGAAAAGCUCUGUAUUGCAGAAGAAAAUAGACAUUUGGGUAGAAGCAACACAGCAGGGAAGCGAAUAACUUGUGCUGAAUGCCAAAGGACAUUUUCAAAAAUUGGCAACCUGAAAGCCCACAUGAGAACUCAUACAGGAGAAAAACCAUUUACUUGUUCUAUAUGCCAAAGAAGUUUUUCUCAAUCAACUAAUCUCACAAGACACAUGAGAACUCAUAUGGGAGAGAUACCACAUACUUGCUCUAUAUGUCAAAGAAGUUUUACUCGAAUAUCUCUUUUAAAAUAUCACUUGAGAACUCAUACAGGAGAGAAACCAUAUACUUGUUCUAUAUGUCAAAGAAGUUUUGCUCUCUUAAGUAAAUUAAAAAAUCACAUGAGAACUCAUACAGGAGAGAAACCAUAUAGUUGCUCUAUAUGUCAGAGAAGUUUUUCUAGUUCACAUAUUCUCAAAUAUCACCUAAGAACUCAUACGGGAGAGAAACCCUAUAAUUGCUCUGUAUGUCAAAAAAGUUUUUCUAGUUCACAUACUCUCAAAGCACACACGAGAACUCAUACGGGAGAGAAACCAUAUAAUUGCUCUGUAUGUCAAAAAAGUUUUUCUAUUUCACAUACUCUCAAAGCACACAUGAGAACUCAUACAGGAGAGAAACCCUAUAAUUGCUCUGUAUGUCAAAAAAGUUUUUCUCGUUCACAUACUCUCACAGCACACAUGAGAACUCAUACGGGAGAAAAACCAUAUAAUUGCUCUGUAUGUCAAAAAAGUUUUUCUAUUCAAGGUAAUCUCAAAGCACACAUGAGAACUCAUACAGGAGAGAAACCAUAUACUUGCUCAGUUUGUCAAAGAAGGUUUUCUCAUCAACGUCAACUCAGAAGACACCAAAAUUCACACUAGACAGAAACUGUAUACUUGAUCUCUGUCGACGUAGUUUUUAUUCCAUGCUUUUAUUUUAACUUGACUUGUGCACCUGCCUGUCCUCAAAUGUUGUAACUCAAUUUUUGACAUGUUCCCUUCAACUUAUUGACUUGAAGUUUUGCAUGAUUACUCAGUUCCGGUCACAAUACAACCUUACAUAAUCAGUAGGUCAGCAGUGACCUCUAGUGACCCAACAGUGACUUAUCCCAGUAUCUCAGGAUUUGUAUGAAACUUUUGAAUUUUUCAAAACUUCUUUGAAUUGGUAGAAUCUGUCUCCUAUGUAACCCUUCCCCUUCCAUCCCCCUCCCCCUCCCCAGCAAAUGAUCAGGUGUUCAUUUAGCUGUCUUUCCACUACCCUUCCCUCUCCCCUCCCCUUCCCCUUUCAUUCCCUUCAUCUUCCAGAGCACACGACCAAGAGUGAAUUUAGAAUGCUGUACAGGGCUAGGUUAAGAAAUUUUCCUGUGCCUUCUUCACUUUUCUUGUUCCUGUGUAUUUUUUGUAUGAUUUCUAAAUGAAGAAUUGGUUUUGUCAUUGGCUGACAUGAACUUUUCUUCCUUUUGUUUUUCAGCAUUGUGCAUAUAUGCACUUGUAUAUGUAGUUGUCAGCUUGAAUAUUUCCAUGAAUUGUCAUUCGUAGUGGAAUUAGAAAGAUUGAUUUCUUCAUUACACAUCAAUGAAAGUUAGGUCAGUUUUAUUUGAUUAUUUUUCAUAUUUUCUUGGUUUUAGUAUUCUACAAAGAAUGUGAUACAUAAAUAGUAAAUCUUAAUGCUUCAUAUUAGCUCACUGUGCACAGUGGAAUGACUGUAUUCUGUUUUCAGCUAACCAGUCAAGUGUUCUGCCAGGACUUGCUUUGUAAGUGACCAAAGUCAUGUAUUAUUCUGAUCUGAUUAAACCUCUUUUUUAAGUUUAUUUUAAUGUAUAAACUUUAAAAAUACUGAUAAAUAAUAAAAGUAUUUUAUACAUAAAUACAACCUUUCACUUGACCUCAUUAAAACUCAGAUCUUCUUCUUCCCAGUUUGUUCCCAUUUUAAUAUGGGGUCGCCGUUUCGGAUGAGCCGUUUCCAUCUAUUUCUAUGAUGCGCUUCUGCCUCAUCAAUUCCCUUCUCAUGUAAGUCUCCUCUCACACAGUCCUUCCAUCUCUUUCUUGGUCUCCCUCUUCUUCUUCUUCCUUGCACCUCCACCCC